UGUUUUUUAUGCUGCAGUAAAAUCCGUAAAGCUCAAGUGUUUCUCUUGUGAGCAUUGCGAUGGAAAAAACAUAAGACAAGAGGAUACUGAUGAUAUCUGUAUGGUGGUUACAUUGAAAGGGCGGUAUGACAUUUUCAAAUAUAGAAUUUAUGUGAAGACUGUGGCGGCAUUCCCAUUUGAUAUUAGCUCAGUGCUAAAAUCAGGGUAUUGGCCUGGGAGUCCGUGUUCCAUUAAUCAUCUGAUUAAAGAAGAUGUUUUUAUAUUAUGGGAUGCAUUUCGUAGCAGAAUGCCUGGUAGCUCUUUAAAGGCAUUCCUUACAUCAUUAUGUGAUAUUGGUGAAUACUAUGGAAGGACAAACAUGAUCAAUGUCAACACAUUCUCAUCGUCAUUUAAAGAAUGGAAAUAUUGAAGACAUGAGAAAGACGUGAUUCAAAAGAUGAACUGGCUUGAUUGUCCGCCAUGUACAGUAAAACAACACAGGUGUCAUGUAGAUGGAAACUGUAAAUUAUACAGAUAUUCCUCCUCCGGCAAGUAAGACUAAACUAACAAGUUUUUGCCAUAUAAGUACCAGUUUUAUUAUUCAAGUGCAAAUUUCUAUCUUAAAGGUAUUUUUAAUGCAUUAAGUAUAAAAGACAAUUAUUAAUUUUUAUAAGGCGAAGAAGGCCAUCAUGAUAUGGUGAAUUGCUCUUUUGGUCAAAUGAAAAAGUAUAUUC